AUCCUAAAAUUUUUUCUUAUAUUCAUAUUUCAUACCUCUCUCGUAGACGAGUCGAACACCGUGAGCAAAGGGAAUGGACAACGCUGCGGUCUUGCGCGAGUGGUUCCAGCGAGUGGAUUCCAAUGGUACUGGCAACAUCACUGCUCCCCAGCUCAAGAGUGCUCUUGCUGUUGGAAAUCUUGAUUUUUCUAUCUCAAUCGUCCAGCAGAUGAUUAGGAUGUAUGAUUUCGAUCGAAACGGGACCAUGAAUUUUGAAGAAUUUCUUGCUCUUAACAAGUUUCUACUAAAGGUUCAAAAUGCCUUUGCUUCACUGGACAGGGACUGUGGAUUUCUCUCAACUGAUGAUGUUUAUGAGGCAUUGGUGAAGCUUGGUUUCUCCCUUGACUCUCCUGCUUUCUACACUCUGUGUGAGAGCUUUGAUCAGCAAAAAAUGGGGAAGUUUCGGUUGGAUGACUUCAUAUCAUUAUGCAUAUUUGUCCAAUCAACCAGCAACCUUUUCAACUCUUUUGAUACCUCAAGGCAGGGCCGAGUGAGCUUGGAUUUCAACCAAUUUGUAUACUGCACUGCAAACUGUAGGAUAUGAAUGUGGUCAGUUGGCAGACUCAUUAUUCAAGCAGACUUUGUUGAUAUUUCUGUUCAAAAAUGUCUCUAGAGUUAGAACCACACAAUUAAAACUAAUUGUAUUCAGGUGUGCGAAAUUCUUCUUUUAUUUAUCUGUCAUUGAAAAAAAAA